AUGGCAGAAAUUGCAGGAUCAGUUAUUGCCAAACUCGUUGAAUAUUCGGUAGCUCCACUGGUACGUCAAGGACAGUACUUGUUUUGUGCAGGCAACAUCACAAAAACUCUUGAAACUGAAAAGCAGGAGCUUGCAUCAAGACAAGAUGGAAUUCAAGCGCGUGUUCAAGAAGCACUUAACAGAACUGAUAAAAUUCUUGAUGCUGUUGACAAGUGGUUAGGUGAAGUGAGGAGUCAUAUGGAUGAGGUGCAGAAAUUGGAGCAGCAAAUGAAGGAAAGCAAUAGUUGCUUUCAAGGAAGGUGUCCUACUUGGAGGAGAUAUCGAUUCUGUAGACAAAUGACAAAGAUGAUUGAGGCAACAAAGAAUCUCAAUCAAAGGAGUAAAUUUGAUUCCGUUUCUAUACCUGUUCCAAUCCCAGAUGUAGAGUACUUUGAUUCUAAGAAUUUUGAGUAUUUCCAGUCUACAAGGUUGGCUUUUGAUCAAUUGAUGGCAGCUCUCCGAGACUCUGGGGUUCGCAUGAUUGGAUUGUAUGGGAUGGGGGGCUCCGGCAAAACAACCUUGGUAACAGAAGUAGGCAAAGAAGCCAAGAAAUCAAACCUUUUUGAUCUAGUCAUAUUUACAACUGUGUCCCAAACUCCGAAUAUUAGAAAGAUUCAAGAUGAGAUUGCAGAUAUGUUCAACUUGAAAUUAGAUGAACAAAGUGAAGCAGGAAGAGCUAGACGUUUAUCGAUGAGACUGAGCAAUAGGGAAAGAAUUCUUAUAAUAUUCGAUGACGUAUGGGCUGGGAUCCAUUUGAAGGAUGUCGGUAUCCCUCUUGAGGAUUAUCGUGGUUGCAAGAUCCUUCUUACCACUCGGCGCCAACAAGUAUGCAGUUUGAUGGAUUGUGAAAGAAAGAUUCCCUUGCAUCUUUUAUCUGAUGAAGAAUCUUGGACAUUAUUCCAAAAACAUGCUCGUAAUGUUGAUGAAUCAUUGAGUAAUGUGGCACAAGGAAUUGUAAGGGAAUGCAAAGGACUUCCUAUUGCAAUUCAAGCCGUCGGAGCCUCCUUGAAAGGAAAGUCUGUAGCAGAAUGGAAGCAAGCGCUAAACAGAUUAAGGAAGUCAAAACCAAUUGAUGUGGAAGAAGGUGUCAGAGACGCUUUUCCUUGUCUUCAGUUGAGUUACGAUUAUUUAAGGAGCAAUGAAGCCAAGUCACUCUUCUUGACAUGCUGCAUGUAUCCAGAAGACGCAAAUAUCUUGAUUGAAGAUUUGUUCAGAAUCAUGAUAGGUUUGGACAUGUGUGAAGAAUUGAACUCUCUUGAAGAAGCAAGAAACAAAGUGGGCGCAUGUGUAAAUAUCCUUGUGGAUUCUUGUUUGCUAAUGCGUUCCGAGAAGUAUAAAGGCCGAUUGAGAAUGCAUGACGUAGUUCGUGAUGUAGCGUUGUGGAUAUCACGUCAAGAAAAUCGUAAUAUUGUAGUGAAUCUUGAGAAGGAUAUGAAGAUGGCAACAAAUGGGUCUAUAAAAGAUUGUUACGCAUUCACUUCUUGGUGCAAUGAAAAAUCUCAAUUUCCCCCACAAUUCGAUGCUCCAAAACUAGAGAUUUUGCUGCUAAAUGAUAUAGGUGAUGAACGUGAAUUAUCAGAAGCAAAUUUUGCAGGUAUGGGAUUGCUCAAGGUUUUGCAGAUUCAUUGUCCAUAUAAGGGCCUUGUAGGAUCCCGCUUGUUAUCAUUGCCACACUCUAUGAAUUUGCUAACUAAUCUACGAACCCUGAUCUUGCGAAACUAUCAAUUAGGUGAUGAUUUGUCAUGGGUGUUAGGCCUCAAAAGACUUGAAGUUCUUGACUUGAAAGAUAGUAGGUUUGAGGAUCUGCCACAAGGAUUGGAAGAGUUGAGUAAAUUGAAGCUGUUAGAUUUAGAUUAUAUUGGGGAGCAAAGUUUUAAGAUAAUAAAAAGAUGCACACAACUACAAGAGUUUUAUGUUCAGAAAAUCAGAACAACUUUAAGACCUGGUAAAUGUUUAUUGAAAGAUGCUGGUUUUCCUAGAUUGAAGAGAUAUAAACUUCAAAUUAUUAACAAGUAUAGUGUUAGUACAUUCAGUGGUGAUCAUCAACAUUUGAUGCAUUUUCAUUCCAAGGCUUUAUCCUUGCAAGAGUUAAAAAUCUCUGCCUUAAGUCCAUUUAUUAAAGAUCUUUUGCAACAAGCAGAAUUUGUUUGUUUGUAUAGAUGUGAUGUAGGUUGUAAAAAUAUUGUACCAGACUUUGUUCAAGUUGCAGGAGGGAUGAAUGAGUUGACCACAUCAUGCCUCCAGUUUUGUUCAGAUUUGGAAUGCCUUGUAGAUGCAACUUCUCAUGAAAUAGAAACUUGGCUCUUCCCAAAGGUAAUCAACUUAAGGUUGGAGUCUUUAGCGAACUUGAAAGUCAUUUGGUGUGGUCCCCCUCAGCUUUGCUUCUUUGAGAAAUUACAAGAGCUACAUAUAUCCCAUUGCCCUAAGCUGACUUCGCUAUUUCCAAAGUGUGUUGUGAGAGCUAUACUAUUGUUACAAAAGCUAAAUAUAAAUGGUUGCAGUGAACUGAAGAAUAUAAUAGAGGAGGAUGGCGAUGGUGCUAACAGUGAAAUUAUUUCAGCUUCGAACAAUAGUGCAUCUUUGGUGUUCUCAAAAUUGAAAAGUUUGACCAUCAUUGAUUGUGAUAAGUUAGAAUAUGUAUUCUCGAACUCUUGUGUACAAGGCCUUGAGCAGUUGGAGGAGGUGUGCAUUUCUGGGGCUUCUCAACUAAAAUAUGCUUUUGGUCAACAUGAAGAUGAGCAUCAAGAGGUUCAAAUCAAGCUUCCUGCUUUGAAAUCACUCGAACUCAAUGGCUUGAAAAAUUUGCUCAGCAUUUUUCCAAAAACCAUUCAUUCAAGUUGCCCACGUUUGAGAGAAAUGCAAUGCGUGAAAUGUCCCAAAUUCAAAGAUUCAUUUGUUAAUAUCACUGUUGGUUCAACUAUAAAUAUGGACAAUCAAUUGAAUAGUGGGAUUUCAGCUCCACUAUCAUUUCUCAAUUUAGAGAAACUUAAGGUCGAUGAUUGUAGUACGGAAGACAUUCUAUUUAGACUUGAAGAGGAUGUUUUGACUAAAAGGACUUCACAAAGCAAGUUAACGUCUUCCUUAAAUGCUCUGAAAUUGAAGAAUCUGCCCGAUCUAAAAUUUGUUUGGAGUGGUCCCAUGGAAAAAUUGAGCCUCCGAAAUCUUAGAGAAUUCAGAGUGAGUGGGUGCAACAAUUUGAAAACUAUUUUCUCCCCUGUAAUUCUUAAGCGCAUGCCACCAUUGAAAUGUCUUGAAAUAUCAGAUUGUGAUGAAUUAGAGGAAAUAGCAUCCAGUGCAGAGGUAGGAGAGCAACAUCAAAGCCCAUUGAAUUCUCCUCAUUCACCACAAAUAUGUUUUCCAAAUCUGAAAAGGCUUCGAGUUCAAAGAUGCAACAAGUUAAAAUGCCUAUUUUCAAUGGCCAUAGAUUGGAGUGAUUUUUCGGAGAAUGUAUUACCUAAUUUAAGGAGUUUGAUUCUAGGAGAAGUGCCAAGUCUCAAGGAUUUAUGUCACAAUUUAUCCUUUUCUAAUGAUUGUCUUCGCCAGCUGUUGUGUUCAAAACUGGAAGUAUUAGAAUUAGAAAGUCUCCCUGAGUUGUGGCUGAUAUGGGGAGCUCCUUCACAUAUUUCAAACCUUAUCCAUCUUCGAACAUUAGACCUGUAUAAUUGUAAGAAAUUGAAAUCCGUAUUUGGUGAGGGCAGCCCCGAAAGAAGCCUCCCAAUGUUAGAGACGCUCAUGAUACAGAGCUGUGAGGAGUUGGAGGUGAUUUUGACACAACAAGAUCACCAAUCAUUCCAAACUAGCUUUCCUAAAUUGAAAGAAUUGAUGGUGUACCAAUGCAACAAGCUUAAGUCUCUUUUCUCAACCUCCUCUGUCACCAUAUUGCCUCCACAUUUAUACUAUAUAGACAUAUCAGAAUGUGCAGAGUUAGAGCAGCUCUUUGAACGUAGGAGUGAACCCAACAGCAGUAGUGACAAUGUCAACAAAAUUGUGCUUCCAAAUUUUACAAACAUACUACUGAAGGAAUUGCCAAGUCUUGUUGAUAUCUGCAAAGGAUUUAAGUUAUCCGUAGAGAAUGGCGGAAUACUUGAAAUGAAGAAUUGCCCAAAAUUUUCUUCAGUUAUGGGAGCAACUGGGAGCAUGUGGAUUUCAAUAUUUACACAGAAAGUAGAGCCUCACGCCAACAACGGCAACCAACCGUUUCAUCAACUUCCAUAUUUCUAUCCAACAGCCCUGAAGCUUUCACUUCCUCCCAAAAUUUAG